UGUUUUCAAUAAAUCUGGUAUUCCCGCAUUGAUUUCAUUGUUUGCUUAAGCUUUGGAACUUGACGUCUGUAUAGACCUUGUUAUUUGUUAAAUCUCAUCCAAACGAAGUAGUUCGAUUCGAAGUGAUGGCUACGCGACAAUAUUUUGUGACCGGAUGUGUGGUCGUUUUAUGCAUUUGCUUUGGUGUUGAUGGUUUGAGAAUACGCCGUGAGAGUGAUUUUCUUUUUCCUGAUGAGUUUAAAGAGCUUGAAAGUAGAGGAGAAUUCUUCCCCAUUGGUGUGCCACCACCGAAUCCAUUUUUAGGGCCAGAAUUUCCGGAACCAGAUGAUUUUUCAGAGGAACUGGGAUUUCCCGAGGAACAAAGUUUUUCACAGCAACAAGGAGGUCGCCCACAACAACGUCCACAGCAACAAAGUUUAAAUCAACAGCAAGGAAUUCGUCCACAACAACGACCCCAGCAACAAAAUCUAAAUCAACAGCAAGGAAUCCGUCCACAACAACGACCUCAGCAACAAGGUCUUUCCCAGCAACAAGGUCUUUCUCAGCAACAAGGUCUUUCCCAGCAACAAGGAUCGUUUCAACAACAAGGUUUUCCUCAGCAACAGGGAUCCUCCCAGCAGCCGGGGUUAUUUCAGCAACAAGGAAAUCGUCCUCAACAACGUCCACAGCAACAAGAUUUUCCCCAGCAACAAGGAUCGUCUCAGCAACAAAGUUUAUCCCAACAACAAGGCUUUCCUCAGCAACAAGGAAUUCCUCAGCAACAAGGUUUUCCCCAGCAACAAGGAUCCUUCCAGCAGCAGGGCCUAGCUCAGCAACAAGGAAAUCGUCCUCAACAACGUCCACAGCAACAAGCUUUUCCCCAGCAACAAGGAUCGUCUCAGCAACAAAGUUUAUCCCAACAACAAGGUUUUUCUCAGCAACAAGGUUUUUCCCAGCAACAAGGAUUGUCUCAGCAACAAGGUUUGUCUCAGCAACAGGGUUUUACUCAGCAACAAGGGUCCUCCCAGCAGCAAGGAAUUCGUCCACAACAACAAGGACAGCAACAAGGCUCAUUCCAACAACAAAAUUCUAACCAACAACCUUCAGCUCAAUCAAAUAACAACAAUAACAAUUCUCAAGCGCAAACCUCAACAACAACACCAAUGCCGCAACUAACAACUCCAUCGCCAGCUUUUCUAGCCUGCAUGGCCAACUGUCCAACAACUUCCGAAUACAAUCCAAUUUGUGGAACAAAUCGUCAAUUGUAUUUCAAUCAACAAAAGUUUGAUUGUGCAUUAAGAUGUGGUGCUCAGGUCGAAAUUUGGAGGCGUGGCUCAUGUGCGGGUUUAUUCCAAAUGAUGAGAGGCUAAGAUGAAGAAGAGUUUUUUAUUUUGUGAUAAUAUAGUAAAUUAACAUACUGGAUGAACUUUUCAUGGUUGCUGGUUAAACUUAAGAUUAAAUAAUAAUUUGCAACAUGAAGCCUU